AACGUUACAAAUGUUCCAUUAGACUCCUUUAGAAUAAACACAAAUUUGUUUGAAUAUUUAUUUGUUUUGAAUUAUAUAAUUUUAUGAAUGGAUUUAACAUUGACAUCACAUCUGUUUUAUCGAUAAUAUCGCAAGAUAGAUGUAACCUAAAAGUUCCAAGUUUAUUUAUAGACAUUGAUGGCGAUAGUGUACAGUGGCGAUUUCGACAGUGUUAAGAAAAGGUUAGGAUAAUUGCUCCUAGAUUUCUCUUCGCCCAAAGAGUAAAAAAAGAGAAAAAGAAGCAUAUAAAUUUAUCGAGAUUUUUCUCGAAAAUAUCUGAGAAUGUCUCGUGCUAUGUGGGAAUAUUUCUCGACAUUAACGUGAUUACGUGUUGAAAUAUUUCGAAGAUUUUGAAAUGUCUCACAGAGUAUGCGCAAUGUACAAGUCUCAGUUUGUUGGUUUAGAUGACAAUCCAUGCGAUACAAAAUGUUUAUUAUGCGAUUGCACAUUUGUCCUUCCGACAAAUGAAACAGAUUUUCUCUCGCACUUAUUUAAGGUUCAUCGCCUUGUUAUAGCUGAUGUUUGGAAAAUAGCUAGUUUGAAGAGUUAUGUACAUUACUGGAGCGUAAAAUUCAAGGAAGCACCAGUGACGACUUAUUGUAGCACAUUGCUAAUGAAUUGUACACCAGAUGGACAGCCAAGUAAAGAUGAAAAUUAUUUCUUGCUCUCCGAUUGCUUGCUGGAAGAUAAAACUUUAAGAGAUGAGAUACAUCGUGCUAAACUGGAAUGGACAUUGGCACAACAAGAAGCUGAGCGAGCAGAUACUAAUUUUAAGCGUGGCUGUAUGUUUUGCCGUACUGAAUUUUGUGAAUCACGUAUUGCAUACAUAAAACACCUUUAUCAGAAGCACAAUCUUUACCUCGGCAAGCCAGAAAAUUUGGUGUUUAUUGAUGAGCUUUUGGACAAAAUUCAGAAUAAUAUUGAAAAUUUAAUAUGUAUUUAUUGUGAGAAAAUAUUCAAAGAUCGUAUGGUAUUAAAGGAACAUAUGCGAAAAAAAUUCCACAAAUGCAUAAAUCCUUAUAAUAAAACAUAUGAUAAAUUUUAUAUAAAUAAUUAUCUUGAGCCAGAAAGAACUUGGAAACAAAGACAGGAUAAUUUGGAAACAUAUCCUGAUGUGGGAGAUGGCAAUAGCGAAAAUGAAGAUGAAGAAAGUUCGUGGUCUGACUGGAAUGACGAAUCUAUCGGAAUAUUAUGUCUAUUUUGUAACUAUAGCAAUAACGAAUUUACCUGUAUUCUCAGACAUAUGAAAGAGAAACAUAGUUUUGAUUUCGAAGACACUGCUAAAAACCUGACUUUUUAUCAAAAGGUUAAAGUAGUCAAUUAUAUAAAAAGACAAAUUCAAUUACAACGAUGUAUUUUCUGUGAAACAGAAUCAGACAAUGUUUUAGAGCACAUGAAGAAUCAACAACAUUAUAAAAUUGCUACACAAAAAGUUUGGGAUCAGCCAGAAUAUUAUUUUCCUAUGUCUGAAAAUGACUCAUUUUUAUACAAUCUUGAUGCAACUACUAAUAGUGAUGAAGAAAGUGACAUUGAAAAUAUUACUGAAGCAAUGUAUAAUCUAUGAAUGAAUUUCUAUUAAUAAAAGCUAGACUUCAUCUGAUAUUUUACUAAGAAAUAAUUUUUUGUUCUAUUGUCUUACGAAAUAUUAUUUGUAAUAUUACUUGUAUAUAUGAAGAUUGUAUUACAUAUUUAU